AUGGAGACAGUCCUGACGAAGAAGCACACACGAAGGGGAGAGGCGGAGGAAACAGGCGAAGGAGAGCUGCAGGAGAAAACAGGUCAUCUGCGAGAGACGAGACGAGGCCACCCACAGGAGCGGAGGGCGAAACGAGAGGAGACCGAAAGUCAAGGCAGUCGACCCAAGGAGGAAAGACAGCAAGCCGAGCGACUCUGUCUUGGCAUUGAGCCUCAGAGACAGGCUCUCCCGACGGGUCUCGCCAGUGUGAAGCUCACUUUCACCUCAAAAAACUGGCCUUUAUCGAUUCGCAGACGUCGCCGUUCAUCCCCAGUGAAGUGGAAGCAUUUGUGUCGCCUCCUUCGUCUCUCCUCCGACCCUUUCAAGGACGCCUCCAGGAAAAGUCUCUUUACACUUUCCUGCCGGUGUGAGACGCAGACUCAGUCCCUUUCGCUCGCGGCGCUCUGCAGCGCCUCGGCUCGGGUGUCCACACACCGCCUGGCAUUCGGACGGGGAUCGCGCGAGUCGAGACGCUUCGCGGCGUCUUCUGGAACAGACAGAAACACAGAAACCCGUUGCGGGGACGGAGUUUUUCCCCAGCAUGCACUCGAAACGAGGAAGGCAAGUCGUGGUGGCCUCCGCGCCGCAGCUGGCACGGCAGCGAAACUGCGCCGCGGUUCCGGUGCCUGUACACCGGCUCCUCAGAACAGGAGACAGUUUCGGAGUGCGAACUUUUUUCCGACGGCCGAAAAGGCUUUUCUCAUUCAGAGGCUUUUUCUCGCUGGCUGUGUGUGGAGGGAGGACCCACGCGGGCGGAACGGCAAAAACGCUCUCGCCGCGAGGGUGUGAGCGAUCGGCGGUCUUUUUUUCGCGAACUUGUCUGUCCAGGUUUUCUUCGGUUGUCCUUCAAAGGUCCUGCCUCUUCGUCCGUGAAAGGCUUUC